AUGGGCGUCUCCAUCCUCCCUCCAAGCGCGCCCCUCCCACCUCGCCGCGAUGCACCCACCGAGGACUCGGACGUGGACAUGUCCGACGACGAACUGCCGACGUCAAGCACCACAUCAAUCGUAACCCCCGGCGAGCACAUCACCAGCGAUCCGCAAUGGAUGCGCGGCCACGGCACCUACGUACCAGCAGGCAGUGGAACCAUUAUUUCCACAGUCGCCGGCCACCUGCAUAAGACCAACAAGCUGCUCUCCGUCCAACCCUUACGCGCACGCUACAACCCCGAGAUUGGAGACCUAGUGAUAGGGCGGAUAGUCAACGUCCAGACGAAGAAGUGGAGCGUCGACAUCGCCGCGCCCAUGCUCGCCAACCUGCCACUGUCCAGUAUAAACUUGCCAGGAGGCAUCCUCAGAAGGAGGACGGCCGUUGAUGAGCUCAACAUUCGCACCUUCUUCUCCGAAGGCGAUCUACUCGUCGCCGAAGUCCAAAGUCUACAUCAGGACAACACAGCCUCGUUGCACACACGCUCCUUAAAGUACGGAAAAUUGCGCAACGGUCUGUUCACCUCGUUGUCCGGCGCAGGCGGGGGCAUUCUAUCAAGGAAAGGAGGCGUCGUCAGGAGUAGAAGACAGGUCUUUACUCUCAAUUCGGCGGCCGGCGAGAUCGACGUCGUACUAGGGGUCAACGGAUAUAUCUUCAUCUCGAAGCACACAGCUAUCGCCGCCAGUACCACAGAAACAGGAAUCAACAAGCUGGACGAACAAGUCACAGAGACGCUCUACUCGAGUCAGAACGACGAGAUCGAACCGGCGGUCAUGAAAGAGAUUACCAGGGUGAGCACUCUCAUCAAGGGGCUAGUCGCGUGCGGCACAAAAGUUGACGAGGACACAAUCGUGAAAGUUUACGAAGGUGCAGUGGAGAUGGAAGCCGAGGAGCAGAGUCUUGGGGGUGUUGAGCGCGGUAUUGGCGCGAAGGGGGUUGUAGAGGCAGUGCUUGCGAGGCUGGAGAUUGAGAACGUUGGUUGA